UUUUGUAGCACGAUGAUCUCAAUCAAAAAGCAGAUUUAACCUUAAAAGGCGUGGUGGGUACGAUCAUUAAAGAUUAUUUUCCGCGCCUACACAAUCACAACGACUGUUAUUUGAAGCUUCGCCAUUUGGAAAAUUCUUAGGAAUGCAUAUCUCACAUGGUGACCCCUUACUUGUGCAUUUGAUGAUGUUGCAUGAAGUAAGGUCUCAACAAGUGUUUGAAAUGAGGAGGUUUCUUUUUGAGAUAGAGGGGAUUCAGUUGGAUUUUGGUGAAACUGAAUAUAUUCUGAUUUGUGGUUUAAAAGUUGGUCCUUAUGUGGAUUUACUCCAUGAAAAAAAGGUCGGUCAAAUUCAAAUCUUCGUGCUCGGUUGUUCCCAGACAUUUCUGAUGCACGUUUGCGACUGAAAGAUUUAGAAGAUUACAUUAUGUCUCCGAAUUAUUUGUCAUUUCAGGAUGAAGAUGAUGUAAUGCUUAUCCAACUUGUUUUUAUGUUGAAAGGUCUCCACGGACGACGAGACGUUAAAACGGACAUUCCCACGGCAGUAUACAAGCUUGCUGAUAAUAUAGAUGAUUGGAACAGGUUUGCACGGGGUACGUAUUUCUAGACCUAUACUUCGGGCUUGAUGCGUGGAAUGUUUGAGAAAAUAGAAAAACUAUUCAAGCAGGCCAAUCCCGAAUCCAAGAAAGUACACAAGUAUACCGUUGUCGGUUUUAUGUUUCCGUUUAAGAUAUGGAUUUUGGAGACGUUCCCAGAGGCAACCCAGUUUUAUUUACGCAUGCCGACAGAAUUGCCACGGAUGAGGUCGUGGAGAAGUAAAACACUGUUAUCUUGGCUUCAAUGUCGUCGAAUAAUCAAUGUCCUAACAACCAACCUAUUUCUGUCGUGGCAAACCCAACGGAGCUGAUGUUGUCGUUUUAUAUUCGCUACAUCAAUUGGACUCUUAACCAUGAAGAGUCUCCCCCACGGCAACAUUAUCCGGUCCCAGAUAGUCCACCUAUUGUUGUCUCGCCUCCUCGAAGAAAGAAGUACAAGUCAGAAACAUAUUCGACUGAAUCUGCCACAAAUGCUUCUUCCUCGCAACAGCCUGUAGUAGAAAGAACUUAUAUGUCAAGCGACACAUCAAAAAGGUCGGUAAAUAAGAAGAAUAAGAAGAAGACGAACACAAAGGCAUUAGUGAAGCGUCUACUAGGCGUUGUGGCUGACUUAACUUCUAAAGUAGACCGUGUAUUACAGAAAAAAGAUGAACCACAUACAGGGUUUGGAGAAGAGGAGGAGAUGGUAAAUGAAGAGGAGGAAGAACCAUUUUACCAUGGUACACAUUUGGACUAUGAUGAUAUAUCUACUCAUGGUUUGGAGGGGGAAGUUGCGCGUACACCUAUGCAUGUUGAGCCGUCACCGGACGUGGGUGAACAUCACAAAAAAACAGUGACUCCUAUUGUUAGGCUGCAACGAAAGAGGGGUGUUGCAUGGUAUCAGCGGACGCCGUUCACAGUGAUGCAAUCCACACCAAAAUUGAAGAAAAUCACCAAAACAAAGAGAAAAAGCAGUGGAGAGUCCUGAAAAAGCAAACGAAGACAUUGUGAAUGAAGAGAGUAAUGACGUUUCAAAUCAUCUCCUGUUGGAGAGUCUUCAUGUUGCUAGUACAUUGAGUUUUUGGAAAGAAUGGAAUAUGAUAUCUUCCAACCUCAACACUAAAGACAGGCUGCAUAUACUCCCACUGGAUGUGGAGUUUUGGUCGAGGUUACUUGCAGUUACUGACUGUGGGUGGUUAAUUUCUUCGGUAAUAUUCAUUAAAUUUUAAUUAUUUUUCGACGAUAAUUUAUAUAAAUAGUUGUAACAUUUUUAUCUUAAAAUAUACAGCAUAUUGCGAUAUGAAGUGCCUUGCUCAUGGAAAGACGGCUGGCGAACGCAAGGUGGACGAUAUACCCUCAAGAACUCAAUUUGCAAUCCGGAAAAUCAUUUUUUUAGGAAUGUAGCAAAUGGUGUUGUAGGUUAUCCUAAAUGGAAGGUUGUGGAUAUGGAAAGUAUACAUUAAUAAUUAUUUAUUUAUAUAUAUAUAAUAUUACUAAAUUUAUGAGUAUUUAAAUUUUUUUGUUUGCAGGUUCUAUUCCCUAUAAACGUUCUUGGUGCCCAUUGGUUUUUGGCAGUGCUACAUUUAAAUACCUGGAAAGUACAGAUUUAUGAUUUAGCACGAUCUAUGAAUUACUUCUCAAAGUACUUGACUGAUGGAGGAUUCACAAGUUUUAAGGAUAGUAUUAUCUCAGAGCUAGAUGUGAUUUAAUACUGGAACGAUUUCCCCGAUGGACACAAAGCCAAGGCAACUAUUCAGUUUGUUGAUACUAUAGACGCGCCACAGCAGGAAUAUAUUUUAAAUAGAGGGGAUUGUGGAGUAUUCGUAUGCAUGUUUAUGGAAAUGAUUUUUUCAGGGGUACCGGUGAAGAUUGAUAAGCCACGUAGAGAUGCGGGAUUUCUCUACAGAAAUAGGAUGACAAAUUUUAUUUGGGAUACUAUAUAACUUGAUUUUAGGAACUUUGUAUAUAUUAAAUGAAAUACCUGUUUUUAGU